CUCGUAAAUUCCGUUAUUGUUUUGCUUUGUUUUGUGUUUCGUUUUGAUAUUUUACAGCGAAUUCUGAAUUGUCAGCUUACAAUCUCAAGUUGAAAUGGACAGCAGCAGUAAAUUAAAGCAACGCAGCAACAACCAGACUGACAGCUCGCAGCCCAGCCCGAAACCGGCGCCCUCAACGGUCAAGGUCCGCAAACCGUCAUCUCGCAGUAGAGCGGCUGCUGAUAAUCUGGCGUGGUGGAAGAUUGUUGCUCGCAUAUGUGUGACUCUUUUAGGGCUCAGCGUCUGCUUGUCCUAUCUAAUCACAGAGACUGCAUUCUGGGGUCGCCAGGGCAAAUGGACAAACUGGCGCAGUUACGUCCCACGCAAGCAUCGUGUCUUUUCACAGGCAGAACUUGCAGGUUAUAAUGGAGGCAGCCCUGAUAUGCCCCUCCUUUUGGCCAUUGAGGGCGAUGUUUAUGAUGUGACUUCCGGAUGGGGAUUUUAUGGCCCAGGCAGCACGUACCACCAGUUUGUAGGCCGCGAUGCAUCGAGGGCAUUUGCCACAAAUUGCUUGUCGCGCGAAGAUCAUUUGACACAUGAUAUUCGUGGUCUGACUGACAGGGAGUUGGCCGGAAUUAAGGGGUGGCACAAGCUGUUUGAAAAUCACCAGAAGUAUUUCAAGGUUGGCACUGUGGAUCUGGCUCCGAUUGAUCCGGCGGCUCCCAUUCCCCCACCUUGUGAUAACGCCCAGGCCAAGCCCCAUUAAACAAAAGGAGGUUUCAUGUAUAGCCAAAUCAAGUGCGACUAUAAACGCGAAUUCGCGUAUAUCCCGACCAAGCGAUCCCUGGUGUUUUUUCGUGGUUAAGUGUGCUUCACUCAGCGUGCAUUCAAUUUACAUUUUUUUCUGGGAUAUUUUUAUUUUAAUAUUAAAUCCCCCACAAAUAUAUUACUUCAAGUCAUAA